ACCACACACACUGAUAAUGUCAUUUAAAACCACACCUCUUCAUUUGCAUAUUUGCCCUUUGACCCCAGUGAGAGCGUAUGCACCCAAUCCCCUCAGUAUGUGUGUAUAUACAGAUGCAAAUGAAGUCCUUUUGUCAAUGCUGCCAAGCUCUAGCUCAGUUGGCUAUAGCCAUGAGGCACCAUUCUGAUGGAGAUCUUUGGACCGCAUGUAGAUAUCAUGAUGGAUAUUGGAGAGCAUCACCCAUGCUGACAUCACUGCAGCUUGGUCAGUUUCGUCAAAGUACACAAGUGUGCAGGCCAGUUACAUAAGAGAGCCACUGAGCCUGAUUGAGCCGACAUGGCAAGUCCAGUCACACCAAAGAUGGCCACCGUAAAAACGACAACUCCAACAGCGGCAAAAGUUGUAGACACAACCAAAACUAAACAUCCGGCUGGGGUGGGCAAGUCAUCCCAGGCGAAACAGGUGAGUUCUGCUGGGGCAGUGAAGUCACUGCUGGGCAAAUCUCUGUCAGGCCAGCAACCAUCUGGUAAGCUCACCACCGGCCAAUCCGGAACUGGCAAAGUCCCUGUUGGCAGCCAGUCGACAUCAAGCAAGCUGUCUGUGGGCCAGUCAGGUGUUGCAAAGUCAGGGGCAGCCCAGUCAUCCGGCAAAGCCACCUUUAAAGCAUCGGGAUCGGGUUCGUCGCCCUCUGGCAAACCCUCCCCUGUCCACUCAUCGCCCACCAGCAAGCUCUCCCUCGGCCAAUCAUCUCCCAGGAAGUCAAUUUUCGGCAAGUCUGUCGGCCAAUCUGGAGGUGUGAAACUGGGAAUGACCCAGUCACCAAACAAAGCCUUCUUCGGGAAGGCAUCAGCAACAAAGUCACCGGGAAUUGGCCAGUUUGAUUUGCCUCUGGCCCUCAGGAAGAAACGCAGGCCAAAUGCAGGGAUGAAGAGGGAGGCCCCCGCAUUCAUGGACAAGAUCCUCCAUGGGACUAAAUCCCCAAAAGAUGGCAAGACCGCACCAAAGCGUAAGCUGAGCCAGUCCAGUCCUAAUGGGAACAGGGUGGGGCUAAAAAACAAGGCUGAUUAUGUGCCGCCGUCGAGCAAAAAGAGGAAGAUUGUCCGAUCCAACCGAGAUCAGGAUUCCAGAAAUGACUUCUACUGCUGGGUGUGUCAUAAGGAGGGCUCAGUCAUCUGCUGUGAGUUAUGUCCACGGGUCUAUCACUCCAAGUGUGCCAAGUUGGAGACAGACCCAGUGGGUGACUGGUUCUGCCCAGAGUGUAAGCGAGCAACAAAUGCCGAGUGCGUCGAUUCUCAGUCCAAAGCCAUGUCAUCCUUAACUCAGGACCAGCUGGCCAAGCUCCUUUUGUAUGCGCUCAAGAGAAUGAGGCACACUGGGGCUGAACCAUUUUUGAAACCAGUAAAUACUCAACAAAAUCCUGGCUACGAAGAGUUCGUCUUCAAUCCUAUGGACCUGUCAAGUCUCGAAAAGAACAUUAAGAAGCGUAUGUAUGGCAGCACUGAGGCAUUUCUUCUAGAUGCAAAGUGGAUUCUACACAAUUGUAUUGUCUUCAAUGGAUCACAUCACAAGUUAACAAACAGUGCAAGGAUGAUCAUCAAGAUAUGUGAAUAUGAGAUGAAAGAGAUCGAGAUCUGCCCAGAUUGCUAUUUGUCAGCCAGUGUCAAGCGUGAUAAUUGGUUCUGUGAAGUCUGUCGUGAUCCUCACAAGCUGGUCUGGGCCAAGCUACAGGGCUUUCCCUUCUGGCCCUCCAAGGUCAUCCGUGAGAAGGACGGGCUCCUAGAUGUCCGCUUCUUCGGGCAGCAUGACAGGGCGUGGGUUCCUGUCACUAGCUGUUACAUGUACUGCCCAGAAAUCCCAAACCCAUCUAAGAAGAAGACUUCAGGCCUCAGCACCUCCAUCAUGGAGAUGGAGAUCCAUAUUGAGAACCUGAAGAAGACUUUUGGCAAAGAUUGUUUCCUGUACGCUCCCCACCGGACCCCCUACGGGACAUUUGAGUGCCUGACCAUCGACCCCAAGGACAGGCAGAAGUGGACAGUGAGAGAGCCCGAAACACUGAUGAACGGUGUGCUAGAUGGGAGUAGUCCACAACCAGACCAGGCUGUGCUUGCCACAAAGAUCAAGUCAGAGCCCAUGGACAGAUUAGAGGCUGCCGAGAAAGUAGAUGUCACAACUCCGUCAGACAGUUGGCAAGGUCAAACUGUCACCAACACAACACUGGCAAAAGAUGCUAUUAGUAGUGGCAAGGAUUCCAGUCAAGAAUCUGAAAAUAAAACAUCGGCGGCUGAUGGAGAAAGCGCUUCUGAGGAUAAGCAAUCAGGCCCAGAUCUGUCAGUCAAGAGCAUGCAGGUCAACUCAGAUGAAGUGAGUGCUAAGCAUGGAGGGCCAACUGUCGUCAGACGGCAGAUCUUCAACAUCACACGGAAGAGGACUCCAGGUGGGGACAAGUCAACAACAAAAAUAUCUGACACUCUGGAAACUGGGCCCACGUCAAGUGGCAAGCCGAACUCAGGCACUGUGGAAAGUGACGACAGUGCUCUGUCAUCGCCGAGCAAGGCACCGGCCGGUGUAUUUGAGGUCAGCGACGAGAGCCUGGAUGUGGAUCCUGAGGUGGAGGCCCAAUCGCCAGCCGUGCAGCUCCUGGGGAAGACCCACGUCUCCACCAACGACUUUGCCCGGAGCCUGGCCGUCAAACUGAGCAAAGUCAGCCCCAGGACCCUGGGGAAGAUGGGGAGGCAGGCCAGCCUGGAUGCUGAACAGAAAGAGGGAGACCAAACUGGCAACAUGAUGGACUGUGACAGUCAAAGUGGCCAGGUAACAGAGAAAGGCACUGUGGCUAAACAGAAUGGCAAAAAGACAAAACUCUCGGGUAACUCAGGAGAUCAAGCACCUGCAGUUCAAAAUCAAGAGAAAGAAGACAGUUGGAGUAAUACACCAGAGUCUUCGCCUGUCACUGGUGACACCAGCGACCAAAACACCAAAGAUUCAGAACUUUCCAAGACUGGCCUGGAGGUCGACCCAUCUGAGAAGCUCAGUCCAGAUGGUGACACCCCCAGCACAUCCCAGCAAUCCCUGCCCAGGAAAGAUAAGUUUCACAUGAAGCUGGAGAAAACCAUCGAGACCAUGAAGGCCUCGCUGGGUAUUGAAAGACUGCACAGUGUAGACAAAGAGACCUCAGACUCGGAGUCAUCAGCUGCCGACUCAGACUCGGACUCCAGCGAAGCAGAGCACUCUGAGGACUCAGAUAUGGAGGUGGAUAAUGACCGAGGACAGAGUGUUUCCAAGAAGGGAUUGCAGAGCCCAAACAUGGAUGGAUCUGAUAAAGCAACAACGUCAAGUGAUGGGGCUACCCAAAGCCUGGCCACAAAACUAGUGCAUGAUACUACCAACCAAAGUUCUGAUACAAACCCGGACAAAGAACCAUUCAGUAAGGAUCCAAUCAAACCCGACCAAAAAAAGGUAGCGAUGUCUCCAAAUGUACCCAGUGAUGUUAGAGGAUCCAGUACAUCCCAGAAAACAUGGGUGGAUGCAGACAUUGACCUCGUCAUGAGCUGCCACUCGGAAAUGUCUGGUUCUGAGGAAGGUGAGCUGGUCAUCGAUGAGUCGCGAACCAACAGCAAAGUGGAGACCAAAGGUAGCAAGAUAAUUCAGAAGUCAGAAGCGGGUGCCACUAAAAGUAAUAAGUCAUCUGAAAAAUUAGAACAGUCUGCUGAACUGUUGAAGCUUGACGUCCAAGAGGAUCCAGCUCCCAUGGAAACUGAUGAUGUCAUCCUUGUAUCGGACCCCUUCGAAAGCCACGAGGCUGACCAGACUGACCAAAGCACAGUGCAGCAAGGAGAAACUGCCCCUCUCUCACCUAAGGAACACGAAGAGAAGACAGAAACUUCCGAGGAAAUAUCAAGCCACAAGGAAGUGUCACAGGAGACAUCAAGACCUGAGGACACUGCAAACCCCAAUGAGGAGACGCUAAGGACUGAUGAGCCUCACAGCCCACCACCAGUUAGUCCAUCCACUGAGAGGCCAAUAGUUAGUCCAACACCUGAGAGGCCAACAGUUACUGACAAUAGUUCAGCACCUUUAAAAGAUACUUCACAGAGCGAUACCUCUCAAGCUAAUACUUUGCAAACGGCACAGAGCAGCAAGAAGGCAACUGUAGCAUCUCCAACGGGGAACCUCCCACCCCCCAAAGACACCCCAUCCUCAUCUGUGUCUUCCUUCCCCAAGAUUGUGGAGACUUUGCAGGCCAGUAAGAGGCCUGUCAUUGUGCCUGAUCCCCCGCUCAUGACAAAUACUGAAAAAAGUGACAAAAAUGCCACAUCACCUGUCACGAAGGAUGCAGCAAGCUCCUCAGUCAGCAGCGAGACUGUGGAAGAGUCACAGCCAGCUUCAAAAGACAAGGACACCUCAAUGAAAGCCUUCUACAAGAAGUACAUCGAAAAAAUUUCGGCAUCAGCGGAAGGGAUGCUGGAGGAGUUCUGCAGCGACAUGUCAGAGGGGGUGUUACUGAAGGAAGCCAAGGCCACCAUUGAGGAGCUGAAGGCCAAAGUACUGCAGCUGACAGUGGAGAGGGACCAGGAACGCAAGGAGUUCAAACAGAUCAUGGAUCUGGCCGUGGCUGAGGUGCGGGAGUGCAUGAAGGAGGAAACCAGGGUGGCCCUGGCGAAUCUGAAGAACCAAUUGGAGGCUGAGAAGCAGGAUGAGAUCCGCAAGACCAAGACCAAGCAAUGGUGUGCCAACUGCGGCAAGGACGCUGUGUUCUUCUGUUGCUGGAACACCAGCUACUGUGACUACCCCUGCCAGCAGAGCCACUGGUCCCAGCAUCGCAACACGUGCCAGCAGCGCUCACUGGGGAACACCGCUACACAAGUGCAGCAAGCACCUAGUAAACCACAGCAGAUUACAAUGGCUUCGACCACACAGGCACCCAACAACUUGGAAAUAACACAAAUCAUUUCCCCCGCUGCAGGGAAAAGUGCAUCCGAGCAGCUUAGGCUAAUUUCUAACCAACAAGCCAAUCAGACAGAAGUCAUUACUAUUCAGCCAUCCCAACCUGUACCGAUGCAGAUCCAUUCAAAUGUCCAGCCCACCAUCCAGCAGCCAAUGAACCAAACCCCAAACCGCCAGCCAGUCCACUUGUCCCAGCUCAACCAGCCUACCAACCUCCAACAGCAGCAGCCACAGCCGCUGCGCCAGACUCUUCAGCAGCAGCAGCAGGUCAUGCAGCCAUCGCUGGCCCCUGCCAACACCCAGCCUAUGCAGACGCUUAUCCAGUACGUCCAGGCCCCACGCAUGUCCGCGCCUCUGCCUGUGCGACAGAUGCUGAAUCACCACCCUUACACCAUGCCGCAGGGCCGCAUCAUCGGUAAUGGAAUGAGGGCAGCCCGACCUUAACAAAGCCUGACUUAACUCUCACACCUUAUCUCACUUAAUCUUGAGGAUACAGACCCUCGACUGCCAAGCCCAAAGAAUGUGCUCGCCAUUUAAGCACAAAGAAUGUUGGGUCACGUAUGCUCGACCCUGAGCAUCUGUCUCAGUCCUGACAAAGCCGCCGACAACUAACAUUAGCCAUCAUCUCGCAUUUCUCCAGAUACCAAGUCACAUUAAUUCGUCAUGUCUGAGAAUUUUUGUCAAAACAGAUUCAACUGAUCUGCCUUCAGUGCAUUCAUCUUGGCAGAGCUGGGGCAGAGUUUGCUUCCCAAGCCUAUAAUGGAACCACAGUCAGAGGUCUUUGGGUUUCCAGGAACUAUGAUAUGAUCCAUGUCUGCGGUGUCGUUUACAUAAUUUUAAAUGCACACAACCAAAGUAGGUUCUCUGUUUUUGUGAUCACAAUACCCUAAGGCAUCAUUAGAUAUAUUCAGGGCUUUCAUCACUUGCAAACCCAUAAGUAUUCCUCUUUUUAACGCUACAUGUAGCAUUUGAGAUCACUGCUUAAGCAUUAAUUCAGCUGUCAGAGAAAGACAAUUCGGUAGAAAUUGAGUAACUGUCCACUUCAUUUUCCUCAAGUCUCAACCCGUUGAAUUAUGUGAAGAACUGGUACGUUUGUCAUAAAGGUAUAGGACUUGUGUAAGAAGUAUUUCAAUCUUUCUGGUGGUUCCUCAGUCUUCAGUUGUACUGAUAGACAUUGAUUCUGUAAAUAUAUUUUACACUUCAGUGUUGACCACAGGGUCAAGGAGUUUGACAAAAAAAGUUGUGUUCUGAUGGCUUACGAACCAGAGCUGUGUUUUGGUGGUUAUGGCAGAGAAUUGGAGCAAUCAGUGCCUGUUGGUGAAUUGGUCUCUCAGGCUUACUUGGGCAAGAAUGGAAUGUGAUGGUGCAGUGUAUGGUUCACCAAAGAGGAACAACUGAUCUACGCAGUUAUGACCACCCAAAAUGCACCUCAGGGGUUAUGUUGAUGCUUGUUGGAGUUCGUCAAAAGUGUGUUGUACUCUCCCUUUUUGGAGAGAUUGUUAUCACUUCAAGUGAGGUUCCAAUAAUUGGAAAUUAUUUUGUAAGGAAACUUUGUCUACAACUGCCAAGCACACACGAAUUGUCUGUCCUCACUGACAUCUUACUUGCAUCAUGUUGUUUAUGCUUAUUGUCAACAUAUUUUGGCUUAGCAUAUCAUGAGCAGUAUUUCUCUGCUAAAGAAAGUUAGCAGGCGUGGAGGUGAUCUCGGCCCAAGGCGACUGUACAGUUUAGCGUCAUCUUCCAUGCAAAUUUAUGGCAGCUGUAGAUGUAAAAACAGGCGUGUACAUAUUGUGUUUAGCUUUGGUCGCUUUUUAGAUCUGUGUCUUUGGAUUUGGCAAAGCGAUAUUUCUGUUACUCCCCCUAAAAAACAGCUCCAACUCAACACUGCAGAUUUAGGACCAGCCACCUUUUAAGUAGUCUCCUCUUUCAUUCUUGUCUUGGUUUUUCACUACAGAUUUUUUCAGAGUAAAAUGCCAUCUUGUAUUUACGAUUCACGACUGUGUUGCUGCAACACUUGAUGGCCACUUAUAUUGACUCUAGUAUCUUUGAUGGCAUUGAUGCGUACGCAGAAAAGGAUCAUUUGUCAUUGAACAGCUUGUUCAAAAGUUCUUAA